AUGAUGGAUGCACUAGAGAUGGGUACCAGUGUACAGAAAGUCGACGAGCUUUCUAGCGACAUGAAGGUCGUUGAGCUAAAGGAUCUCGGUGUUGUUACCAAGCUUCUUCGCAUCGUGUUCGACUAUAAUGCUGAACCUGGCAGUGUAUUAGACCAAGAAUGCGUCAUUGAAGCAAUGCUCGAGAAGUUUGGGUUGUCCGAGUCGGUACCAGUGAGAGUGCCGAUCGGUGGAGAAGAUGACGGAGACGGAGAUGCAGGUAGCGCACUGCUACCGUCGGAAGGCAGCGGCACACCGCAGAGCCCAACUGUGCACAUGUUCCAGUCGAUGAUGGGCAGUCUCUUAUGGAUCAGCCGGUGCACGCGCCCUUACAUAGCAGACACCGAGCGACCCAAAGUUCGCAUGCGCCCCGAGCGAAGGCGAUUGGAGCUUAAUUAA